UACUGAGCGAAACAAAGCGGAGACAGGACCUUUGAGACGUGUGCAGCAGCUCCCUCUGCUGAGGGGUAGAAGGAAGUGUUGACAUGAUCAGACAUAAAGGUGAUCCAUUGGGACGGGGGGAUGACCUAACAACUGCUACAGGUGAGGUGUUGAGUUAUUUAACAACUGGUAGAGGUAAGGUGAUCAACGAUCAAACCUUACAUUCUGCAGACUUCAAGAAUGACUGUAAAACCUUCUUUCUUUGAAAGCUGCAGUUUGAAUAGAGUUUAAAGCGAUCUGACCGUGAUCGAUCCUCCUUUAUACUUCCGGGUCUGUAAUGAUCAUUUUCAUUAUAUUCACUUCACAUCAGAACUUCAGAGUUUAGUUUGGAAAGUGACGCCGCGCGCAUAUUUCCGUGGCGCAUAUGUACAGACACGCGCACCGGUAGACUGGAGGUGUACGUUCUCUCUGCCGGGAUGCAUUGUGGGUAAUUUUAUCCCUGCAGCUUCAGCACCAAGGACAGCGGCCCCGCCCUCCGUGCAUGUCGCAGCUGUGUCAGCCUCGCGCUCUCCGGCUGCUGGUUUCUGGUUCACAUGCUCGUGUGUAGGUAAGCAAAACGCGCGCGCGUGACCAAGGUUAUACAUAGGGAGCCGGGAAUGCACGCGCUCAGGCUGUCAUCUGGAACACGCGUCAUUUUCCACCUCUUUGCGUUGUGACGCGCGCGCGUGUUGUGUGCGAACAUAGAGGCAGACCCUCUUCUGCCACCCCACCCCACACCCCCCACCCCCUCCCGCCAUGGGAGCCGCGUUUUCUCCGAGUUCACAGAAACCGGCCCGCGCCCGCACAGACGCGCACGAGGACGUGGACAAAGGGGGGGGGAAGAAGACGCAUCCUGUUCUGCUGCACGCGCUCAGCUUGAAGAAACAGCUGAUGGUAGCGAGGACCAGGAGGAGGGGGGCAAAGAAGGUGAAUCCUGUGCACGCGCACGGCGAGCAACGAGGGCACGCAUCAGAUGACGACCUCCAUGGAGCAGAGAAGCCGGGACAGAAAAACGGAAGUGUCCCGCUUCCUGUCCCGAAGCGCGUGGUAAUGCAGGCGUCCACAGGUGAGCUUCUCAGCUGUCUGUCCAAUUUCCUGCGGCAUCGCUGUGUCAAGUUAAAAGAGCUGUCGUCCAAUCAGAUCGUCUUGUGGUUUAGAAAGGUGGAUCGAGCGCUGCUGGUUCAGGGCUGGCAGAACCAGUGCUUCAUCACCCCCACCAGCCUGGUGUUUGUCUACCUGCUCUGCAGGGACGAGGUGGAUGAGGACACUUCAUCAGAGCAAGAGCUCCACGCCACCUUCCUGACCUGUCUGUACCUGGCCUACUCGUACCUGGGCAAUGAGAUCUCGUACCCGCUGAAGCCGUUUCUGGUGGAGUCCAGCCGGGACGUCUUCUGGGAGAGAGUCCUGGAGCUUAUCAAGCGUCUGAGCGCAGAUAUGCUGCGCAUCAACGCAGAGCCGCACUUCUUCGCGGAGGUGUUCCAAGACUUGAGGAGGCAGGGGGGGGACCCAAGGAAAGUGGGGGGAAGGCUUGAGGGAAAGAUGGACGAGGAGAGAGAACACAAAACGACAGAGAAAGAGGAGCAGAAUGGACAGACAGUAGAGGAGCUGGACCGUUAAAAGAAGAAGUCAAUCACUCUAGCUUCAUGCGGCUUCCUGUCACUGUUACCAUAGCAACCACAUGCUCAGAACUGCAUGCUGUAAAUUGAUCUUCACACUGUACCAUAGUGUAUGCUGGCACGUUACUAUGGAAACCUAAAUGACAAUAAACCUGAGGAUGGUAGAGGUCCAGA